UCAAGACUGUACGAUGUUUGUCUCUUUUUUGAGCAGUUGUAGCUAAGAACACAUCAUGAAUGAUGUUUACAAAGAAUUUUGGUUAUUCAAUAUAAUAUGCAUAAUUUGGAAGGUCCUAUUCUGAACAAAUGUCUAGCGGUUCUGGAUCAAGACUUCACAAUGGUCGUCUCUUAAUUGAGCAGUUGUAGCUAAGAACGCAUCAUGAAUGAUGUUUACAAAGAAAUUUGGUAUUCUGUAAUACAAAAACAAUUUUUAAGAAUAUGCCACGUUAUCUUUAUGUGUCUUAUUGAAUUGUACACAUUCUGUAACACACUAAAAUUGUGUUGGUCACACUGUAUUACGAUUGCAUUUGUCAAGGAAAUUUUUGGUUAACAUAUUCAUUGCCAAAUGACUACGUGUCAACGUCUAGAAAACGUUAGCGUGUUGUCAAGUUUUAUUUUGCGUUCGACUUUUGGAAAUAAGUAACAAGAAAAGAUGCCUGCUAAAACAACUUCUGUUAAGAAAAGGUUUGUGUCGGAUGGUAUAUUUUGUGCAGAACUCAACGAGUUUUUGACACGAGAACUUGCUGAAGAUGGUUAUUCUGGCGUUGAUGUCCGUGCUUCUCCAUCGCGCACAGAAAUUGUUAUUUGUGCAACACGUACUCAAGACGUAUUGGGUGAAAACGGACGCCGUAUUCGUGAACUUACAUCUCUCAUCCAAAAACGUUUUAAUUUCAAAGAUAAAGAAGUUGAACUUUUCGCUGAGAAAAUAGCACAUCGUGGAUUGUGUGCUGUUGCCCAAGCUGAGUCAUUACGUUACAAGUUGACUGGCGGUUUAGAAAUCAGGAGAGCAUGUUAUGGUGUGUUGAGAUUCAUCAUGGAAAGUGGAGCUAAGGGAUGUGAAGUCGUAGUGGCUGGUAAAUUAAGAGGUCAACGUGCUAAGGCAAUGAAAUUCGUUGAUGGACUUAUGAUUCACAGUGGUGACCCAUGCAAUGAUUAUGUUAAUAUGGCUACUAGACACGUUUGUUUAAGACAAGGAGUUUUGGGUAUCAAAAUAAAAAUUAUGUUGCCAUGGGACCGAAAAGGUAAACUUGGCCCAAAGAAGCCUUUGCCAGAUAAUGUCAUCAUUGAAGAACCAAAUGAAGAAAUUUUACCUAUAGCACCAACCAGUGAUGUUAAAUCUAAACCUGAAGUAGCAGUACCUGCUGUUCCAAUUGAACCUGUUUAUUCAAUUUAAUAUGCAUAAUUUGGAAAGUCGUAUACCAAACAAAAUAUGUCUAGCAGUUCUGGAUCAAGACUUUACAAUGGUCUUCUCUUUAUUAAAUAUUUAAAGUGAAGAACACAUCAAGAAUAAUUUGUACUAGG